GCAAAGGUUCAUUGAGCUAACCCUCCGACAGAUGGCAGUGGCAUAGCGCUCCCAAUGCUAUCGUUUCACUUAUUUCUUCCAUUUCUCCCAUCAACUUCGGCAUUACAGAACCGGAAGGAGCUGCUUGCAAGUGUCAUAAAGCGAAACCUUAGUGGAUCAACCUGGAAGUUCUGUGUUAGCCUACACUUCCCCACGUCCUAUGCCUACGUCGAUCGGUGAAAUAUUUCAUGAAACUGGUGAAGCUGGUCAUAUUUCAAGCAUGUAACGGAAUAAUUUAAGACACCAAUAUUUUAGUAAGCUGGAACGAUUCAUCCCAAUCACCACCGUCUUUAACUGGGAGGUAUUUUCAGAAUUACAUUCUGGUCUGGAUUCCUGUUGAGUGUGUGUGAGUGAUGCCUGCAGGGUCGAGCAGUGACUGUCCUCACCUGGAGUGCGUUGGUGAGAUCACCAAAGAGGAGCUCAUCCAGAAGUCUCACGGCCAGUGCCAGGACUGCAAAGUUGGUGGACCAAACCUCUGGGCUUGCUUAGAGAAUGGCUGUGCCUACGUGGGCUGUGGAGAGUCCCAUGCUGACCACAGCACUGUCCACUCUCAGGAGACGCGGCACAACCUGACGGUGAACCUGACCACGCUGAGGGUGUGGUGCUAUGCCUGUGGGAAGGAGGUGUUCCUGGAGCGCAAGCUGGGCCCGCGCUCUCCUGCACCCAGCACCAAGCCCCUCUCCCCCCUACCGACACCCAGUCAGGGGAGCAGGGUGCCUGGCAGCCCCACCUCCCUCAGGGUGCAGUCAGCGGGACCCUGUGAAGACCUGGACAUGGAGACGGAGGAGGAGGACGACAUCCGUGCUAGAGGUCUGACGGGUCUGAAGAACAUUGGGAACACCUGCUACAUGAACGCAGCACUGCAAGCCCUCUCUAACUGCCCUCCUCUGACCCAGUUUUUCCUGGACUGUGGGGGCCUGGUGAGGACUGACAAGAAGCCAGCGCUCUGCAAGAGCUACCAGAAGCUGGUUGGAGACCUGUGGCAUAAGAGCAGGCCCUCCUAUGUUGUGCCCACAAAUGUCUUCCAGGGAAUCAAGUCAAUCAAUCCCAUGUUCAGAGGAUACUCCCAACAGGACUCCCAGGAGUUCCUGCGCUGCCUGAUGGAUCAGCUGCACGAGGAGCUGAAGGAGACCAUCCCCGAACCCGAUGACCAUAGCGGCUCCAUGAUGACCAUGGACGAGGGCUUGGCUGAGGACAGCAGCGACAGCCGCAGCCAAUCUGACAAUGACUUCCAGUCCUGCGAGUCGUGUGGCAGCAGCGAGCGGGCCGACAGCGAUGCGGCGGGGGACAUGGGUACGGGCAUGGGCACGGGCACGGGCGGUAUCGAAGGUCACGGCCCAGACGAGCCCAACGAGGCAGAACUGCUGAUCCCGGACGAGGCGCAGGCCAACCGGCACUGGCAGAAGGAGAAAAACCUGAUCAACGACCUGUACCGCGCUGGCUCCCACACCGACCUGGACAAGGACGUGGACACGGCCAGCGAGCCCACACCAAUCAUCAGCAGCCAGGGAGCCAUCAAGAGCCGCAACGCAGACGCCUGUACAGAGUCGCAGGUCAGCUACAACCCCCGGCCCCAGAGCCCCAGCCCCUCGGACACCAUGCUCCCCAAGACCUCCAGCAGCCCCCCCAAAUCGGCGGCCUUGUGGCCCAGCCUCGCCACUGCUCACAAGAAAGUGCCCUUGUUUGCCCCGCCCAAGAAUAAGCGUCAGAGGAAAUACCGCAGCGUAAUCUCAGAAGUCUUUGAUGGCACUAUUGUCAGCUCGGUGCAGUGUCUGACCUGCGACAGAGUGUCCGUCACCUUGGAGAACUUCCAGGACAUCUCACUGCCCAUCCCGGGGAAGGAGGACCUGGCCAAACUGCACUCGUCCUCCCACCAGACGGCCCUGGUGAAGGUGGGCUCCUGUGGCGAGGCCUAUGCCCCGCAGGGCUGGAUCUCCUUCGUCAUGGAGUACAUCAAGAGCUGGUUCUGGGGGCCUGUAGUGACUCUACAGGAUUGUCUUGCUGCCUUCUUUGCCAGAGAUGAGCUGAAGGGAGACAAUAUGUACAGCUGUGAAAAAUGCAAGAAGUUACGGAAUGGGGUCAAGUUCUGCAAAGUGCAGAGUCUGCCCGAGAUCUUAUGCAUUCACCUGAAGCGCUUCAGGCACGAGCUGAUGUUCUCCACCAAGAUCUCCACCCACGUCUCCUUCCCACUGGAGAGCCUGGACCUGCAGCCCUUUCUGGCCAAAGACUGCUCGGCCCAGACCAGCACCUACGACCUCCUGUCCGUCAUCUGCCACCACGGCACCGCCAGCAGUGGCCAUUACAUUGCCUACUGCCGGAACGACUUCAACAACCUGUGGUAUGAGUUUGACGACCAAAGCGUCACGGAGGUCUCGGAGUCUUGCGUCCAAAAUGCAGAGGCCUAUGUGUUAUUCUACAAGAAGAGCAACGAGGAGUCCGUUAAGGAACGGCAGCGGGUCAACAGCCUGGUCAACAUGAUGGAGCCCAGCCUGAUGCAGUUCUACGUGUCACGCCAGUGGCUCAACAAGUUCCGCACCUUCGCCGAGCCGGGGCCCAUCUCCAACAAUGACUUCCUCUGCGCUCAUGGCGGUGUGCCACCACACAAGGCUUCUUACAUAGAUGACCUGGUGGUAAUGUUGCCGCAAAAUGUCUGGGACCAUCUCUACAGCAGGUACGGAGGAGGGCCUGCUGUCAACCACUUGUACGUCUGCCACACCUGUCAGAUGGAAAUCGAGAAGCUGGAGAAGAGACGCAAGACGGAGCUGGACAUGUUUGUCCGGCUGAAUAAGGCAUUCCAGGAGGAGAAGUCUGCUGUGGUCAUUUACUGCAUCAGCAUGCAGUGGUUCCGUGAGUGGGAGAGCUUUGUCAAAGGCAAAGACAGCGAACUUCCUGGGCCAAUUGACAACUCUAAAAUUGCAGUGAACAAGAAUGGCCACAUCACGCUCAAACAAGGCGCUGACUCUGGUCAGAUCUCCGAGGAGACGUGGAACUUCCUCCAUUCCAUCCACUGCGGCGGCCCUGUAGUGACUAUGCGGCCCAGUGUGGGCCACCAGGAGACAGACGUCUCCCAGACGGAGGAGAAGAUCGAGGUGGAGACACGCACUGUCUAGCCCAGCCUCUUCCUCCUCCACCUGUUCAUUCCGUGGAAGAGGGUGCAACGCCCACUGUCCUACUUAAAAAGAAAAGGAAACAAAUGAAAAACACUUCUCUCUCUUUUUUUUCUUCUUUUUUUGCACUUGACUUUUCUUUGUUUGUCCAAAGCUGAGAGUCUGCUUGUCUGAUCACCCCAUGCUAUCGCACAUCCUCUUUUGAUUUAUCUUCUCGGAAUGGUGAAGAAGAAACACCUUGACCGAUCAGAGGCGCCCAUGAUGUCCUUGUAUAUAAACCCCACCCACCCUCCCUCCCAUCAGCACUGGUGAAUACUGUCACACUGCCAGGUUGUGUCUGAAAAGAAAUGAAGCAUUUAAUUUUUAUUUUGUUCAGCUGAAGACUUGACUGAUUUGUGACAGUUUUUUUUAUUUCCAUGACCAAAUAGUGCAGACAUCAACCUUUGUCUUCUUGUGUAAUUGAAUACAGUGAAGAAUUAUACUGCAUCUGUAGAUAAUGGUCAAGGUACUCCUUCCCUAUUCUAAAGUGUUGUUGUAGUGAAUGAACAAAAGAAGCAAGGUCUUACUUGCAGCCGUGAUAAGCAAAAUCAAAAAGCUUAAGGGAUACUAAGUACUUACGAAGUAGUCUCAGGAAAGAUUUUUUUUUUUUUUUUUGCACUGUACUCUAGACUCAAUGCCGCAUGCUAUCCCUAAUGUCUGAUCUGUAUUUGAAUGUACCUGUACUUAAAGUAAGUCGAGUUCCUGCGCUAAAUGUUAUUUAUCCCAGAGGGGUGUGAUUUAAUAUAAUGUUUAUAGACUUUUUUUGUAGAAAAUAUUUGGCAAGCCAAAUUCAAUAAGCAUGCAUGCUUAACAGGGAGAUGUGAGCACAUGGCGUCAUUGGUAGAUAUGAUCAAGCCAUCUGAAAUUCACAGAUGUCAAAAUGGGUUGCAUGCACAUGCAAGAUUUGCUCAUCAUGUACAGAGCGCACACAUUUGCACCUCAGCUGACAUACAUAUUGACCUAUUAAAACAUAUUCCAUUGGGUAUCUCAAGUUAAGGCAUAAUUAUUUGUUGAAGGGCACGAUUCUUCAAUGUUCUGACUGGAAAGAUGAUUUUUAGAAUGACACUUGUACUAGGGGAAGAAUGCAUUUGCAAGUUUCUCUGAUGGUUUCGUCUGACAUGUUUAUAUUUUUCUUGGCUGGAUUACAUUAAAUGCAAAGAAAUUGACCACA